CUUUUUUAGUUUAAUAACAAUAAAAAGUAUGUCUGUAAUUUGUAAAGGGUUUCCUCUUUGGAACUAUACUAUGUCACAUUCAAGAAAACUCAGUACAAUCUGCUCAGGGUGUAUGAAAAUUCGAAUCAGACCAGCAUUACGAUUGCAAGCUUUCAUUAAUUUGCAAAGAAGGUUCUUUUCAUCUGAAGAAUUAUCACCAGUCUCAAGUUUGACGGUGGAACAAGCACAUAAAUUGUAUUUACCAAAGAAAUUUAGAUGUGAAAAUAAUGACCCGGCAGAUCAUAGUAUGAAAGACAUCGGUUUAUUUUACACAAUUCCACAAAACGAAUUCAAAGUCCUCAGCCCGGAUGGUAUCAGCUCAAAAGCUUUUGACAAAAAAUCUCUAGAAGAAUUUCAUGCUUUCAAUGAAGCAUCGAUGAUGAUACGAAAACCAUCUAUUGAAAUUUUAAAUUAUUUGAAGCAUGCUGAUUACUCCCUUCCUGUACAAAGAUAUCUUAUUUAUGGCGAUUUCGGAACUGGAAAAAGUUACACCUUACAACAUGUUACACAUUAUUGUUCAAAAUAUGGUUGGCUUAUUGUUCCUAUUUUUAACGCAUGGGAUUGGAUGUUGCAUAGAUCAAAACACAAACAAACACAACUAAAAGAACUGUCAGAGUCACAAUGGAAUAAUGAUCGUUAUGACCAACCUGAUCGAGCAGUCGCAUGGCUUGAAGUAUUUAAACGAAUUAAUAAACAGCAUCUUGCGAAUAUAAAAACUUCAAAAGAUUAUAUUUGGACAAAAAGGGAAAAAACGGAUGCUGGAUCUUCACUGGGAGCUCUUGUAGAUCAAGGUAUCGCCAGAACUAGACUUGCAACAGAUGCUAUUGGUUGUAUUAUGAGAGAAAUAAGAGUACAGGGACCUGAAACAAUGCCUAGCUCUAACUCUAAGGACUCUGGUUGCCAUAGACUGCGUGAAUGCACUAAUUCGCCAGCACAAAAUCUAAAAGUAUCUAUAGAAGGAUAUGUCAAUGCUGAUGAACUUGCAUUUGUUAUUAAUUUGAAGAAGCUUAUGAGUAAUACAUGGACAAAUGGGGCUGUAGUUUGUGCAAUGAGUUGCAUAUAUACCACGCCAUUAAGACGUGGAAUAAAUAUCAGAGAUGCUACGCACACAUAUAAAGUACUCGGACAUGAGGGAUUUGAUGCACUUGACCCUCAUAUCCCCGUAGAAGUUGAGAACUACACUCAUGAAGAGAUUCUUUCCCAACUUGCAUAUUAUGAAGACAGAAAAUGGCUAACAGAAAAAGCAAUGACAGAUGAGGGAAGACAAGAGAUUAUACAAUUAUCAGGCACUAACCCUGUUGAGCUUGCCAAAGUUUGUAACACCCUAAACUAAAUUUUGAAAGAAACUGAAUCUGAUCAGAAGCGAAAUGAAAUCACUGUGGCAUAUGCCAUUCAAAGUUAUCGAAAUGGACAAGAUCUCAGACCAUGGCCUUCAGGUCAGAUGUGAAAAUAAGCCCAUAGGUGGUAUAAAUUGUAACCACCCUUCCAUUGACCGCUGUUGUAAUACCUAUGUUAAAUCUUUUGCUACACCAUAUCAGUCUGAUUCUUAUUAGUU